AUUUUAUAUAAUCGUAAGUAGUUAACGUGACCUUAAAUGAACUUUCAUAAAAAAAAGGAGGGAGGUAAAAGUGAAUGCAACAGUCAAGUCACUUUCAUAAAUACAACAAUUUUGAAAAUGUCUAACAAAAUGAAUCCAAAAGGCAAUUUAUUAGACGAUUAUAAUUAUAAAAAAUUACAAGAAUAUUAUAAUGAAAAUAAAGAUAAAUUAAAUAUGAAUAAUAUGUUUAAAUUAAAUCCAUCCCGUUUUGAAACAUACAGUUUAACAUUACCAACUCCAGACGGUGACAUUUUAAUUGAUUACUCAAAAAAUCUUAUUAAUCAAGAUGUAUUUAAUAUGUUGAUCGCAUUAGCAAAAAGUCGUGAAGUAUUUGAAGCUCGCGAUUUGAUGUUUCAAGGCGCACCAAUCAAUAUUACAGAAAAUAGACCUGUUUUACACAUAGCUUUAAGAAAUCGGUCCAAUGAACCGAUUUAUGUAAAUGGUGCUGAUGUUAUGCCAGAUGUAAAAUCGGUGUUAAAUCAUAUGAAAGAAUUUACAGAAUCGGUUUUGAAUGGAAAAUGGGUAGGACAUACAGGGAAAAAAAUUACAGAUGUUGUAAAUAUUGGUAUAGGUGGAUCAGAUUUAGGUCCUGUAAUGGUUUAUGAAGCACUAAAACCAUACGGAACCGGUAUUAAUUGCCAUUUCGUAUCCAACGUGGAUGGAACUCACGUUGCAGAAGUAUUAAAAAAAGUGAACGCUGAAACGGUUUUAUUUAUAAUCGCAAGUAAAACUUUUACGACACAAGAAACAAUUACAAAUGCAAAUACGGCGAAAGAAUGGUUUUUGAAAGCAACUAAUAAUGAUGUGAAGGCUAUCGAAAAACAUUUUGUAGCAUUGUCAACUAAUAAAGAAGGAGUUAGUAGUUUUGGUAUCAACACAGAUAAUAUGUUUGGAUUUUGGGAUUGGGUUGGUGGAAGAUACUCAGUAUGGAGUGCAAUUGGACUUAGCGUUUGUUUAGCUAUUGGAUAUGAUAAUUUUGUAAAAUUUUUAGAAGGAGGGCAUUACCUUGAUAAUCAUUUUAAAACAGCACCAAUUGAGCAAAAUGCUCCAGUUAUUUUGGGAUUGCUUGGUGUCUGGUAUAAUAAUUUCUACGGGUGUGAAACACAUGCAAUUUUACCGUAUGAUCAAUAUUUACAUAGAUUCCCUGCGUAUUUCCAACAGGGUGAUAUGGAGAGUAAUGGAAAAUAUAUUACCCGUGGAGGACAAGUUGUAGGAUAUUCAACUGGACCCAUUGUUUGGGGUGAACCAGGAACCAAUGGUCAACAUGCAUUUUAUCAAUUAAUUCAUCAAGGAACUAAAAUAAUACCAUGUGAUUUUAUAGCAGCGGCGCAAACCCAUAACCCAGUACAAGCUGGUUUACAUCAUAAGUUAUUAUUGUCAAACUUUUUAGCACAAACUGAAGCUUUGAUGCGUGGAAAAUCAUCCGAAGAAGUCAAACUUGAAUUAGAAAAAUCUGGUGCCAUUUGUGAUAAUGUAACAGCCUUAAUAGCUCAUAAAACAUUCACUGGUAAUCGGCCUACAAACAGUAUAGUUGUUCCAAAAAUUACACCAUUUACUCUUGGAGUUUUAAUUGCGUUAUAUGAACAUAAAAUAUUUACACAAGGUAUUAUCUGGGAUAUCAAUUCAUUUGACCAAUGGGGUGUGGAACUUGGCAAAGCAUUGGCUAAAACGAUCGCUAAUGAUCUAUCAAAUUGUGCGCCUACAACAGGAGAUGCUCAUGAUGGCAGUACAAAUGGUUUAAUCAAUUUCAUCAAAAAACGAUUCUAUCAAACAAAAUAAAAUGAUUGUGAAUCACGCACUUAUAAAACACAUAAUGCUGAAUGGACUUUGUAAUUAAUUGCCUUUUAAUUUAAUCAGUCCAUUGUUAGUUUAGUAAGUGCAUCUUAUGAAUGUAUAAAAUUGACAAUAUUAUUGUAGGAUAAAGAUAUUGUUAUUUAAGAAAAAAAAAAAGUUCGUAAAUAUUUCUAAAA